GAUUCUGUUCGAUAUGAAGAUUGGAAAUCUCAACUAUAUCCCAAUUUAUUAGAGACACUGGAGUACUUUUCUUCCGUGGUUCCCACACCGGAGUUCCUCAUCACACACCUGUCGUCCUUACAGCCAAGAUUUUACAGUAUCAGCUCAGCCCCCGAAUACCACCCUGGUCACAUACACCUGACUGUAGCCGUUGUAGUUUACAGGACUCAAAGUGACGCUCAACAUUAUGGAGUUUGCUCAAAUUACUUAGAGUCUUUACCAAUAGGAUCGGAAACAGCGUGCUUUGUUAGAAGUGCUCCAAAUUUCCGCUUAUCAGAUAACUGUAGAGUGCCAAUUAUCAUGGUUGGUCCCGGAACAGGAAUAGCUCCUUUUAGAAGCUUUUGGCAGCAGAGAUACAUUGACAUCAAUGCCACUUCUGGUGGAGAUUCGACGAAACGUUUCGGAAACAUGACUCUAUUAAUUGGGUGCCGCCACCCAAAGGCAGAAUUGCACCAAGAGGAAACUCAACAAAUGAAAGAAUGUGGUGUACUAGCAAAUGUGCAUUCAGCUUACUCUCGAGUUCCUGGUAAACCAAAACGUUAUGUGCAACACAUUUUGAGAGAGUCUGCUGAGAAAGUGUACAAAGAAGUAAUUCAAGAACGAGGACAUUUCUAUGUGUGUGGUGACGUCAGUAUGGCAGAGGACGUCAAUCAGACGCUGAGAGUGAUCAUUCAAGAGCUUGGACAAAUGAAUCCGGCUGCAGUAGAUAACGUCAUUAAGCGUUUACAGGAAGAAAAUCGUUACCAUGAGGACAUCUUUGGGAUUACUUUGAAGACAGCAGAAGUGACCAACAGAGGUAGAGAAGAAGCCAAAAAUCGAAAGAGUACAUCUUCCAGCUGAAAAUACUUCCAAAACAAAACACAAAAAACUGUACAUAUCUUUAUGUAGAAGAAAUUCCUUUUUCACGACAUUCCUGAUAAGAGUGCUAAGAGCGAUUAUCAUUCCGAUAUUUUUAUCCAUGUACUGAAAUUAUAUAAUGCCACCUAAUGUUUUGUAAAUAUAUUUUUAAAAAAACCUUACUAUCUACCCAAACAAGAAAAGUCUCAAAUAUUAAAGACAAAAACUUAUAUAAAUUGGAUUAAGAUUAAAUUUUUAAAGGCCAAACAAGCAAGUCCCAAACAUUAAAGAUAAAAAUUUAUAUAAAUUGGAUUAAGAUUAAAUUUUCAAAGGCCAAAAAAGUAAGUCCCAAAUAUUAAAGAUAAAAAUUCAUAUAAAUUGGAUUAAGAUAAAAUUUUUAAAGGCCAAACAAGCAAGUCCCAAACAUUAAAGAUGAAAAUUUAUAUAAAUUGGAUUAAGAUAUAAUUUUCAAAGGCGAAAAAUAAAGAUUUAUUUAAUUUACUCUAAUAUCUUUAUUAUAGUUAACAACAAACUUAAGUAAAAAUUUAGUUUUACUUAACAUUUAGAUUUUUACUUAAAUGCUAUCAAGCAAAAAAUUUAUUUUAAUUUGAAAUUAUUAGGAAAAUUACUUACAUAACAACUAAUCCUACAAAAGAGUCCGUAAGCAGGGAGUCGGAUAUGAGGACUAAAAGUACAUAAUAGACAAAAAUAAUUUUCUGAGUAAAAUAAAGAAUUCCAUUAAAAAAAAUAUUUUCAACGGUUUGCAUGAGCCGUUGAACCGCAUGUAAUACGAUAAGUUAGAAAAAUAUAUUUUACGAAUACAAUUAUUUAUCCAGUUUUCUUAUAAACUCACGAAAAUAUUAGAAGCGUGUUGGCGUGUGCAAGUAAGCCAUAUCACAAAACAUGUCAUGAAAUUUAGUAAUUAAAUUUUAUUUUAUUUAAAAUUCAAUAACAUAGCAAUCUUAAGUAUAUUAACCAAAUCGAAUUCAUUAUCAACCUUUUUAUUGUCAACUUUAAGUAUCAUAUCAAGCUCAUUUAUUAUUAUUAACCUUAUUUUAAUUGACAUUAUAAUUAAUAUUAUAUACCACAGCAAUUGUUUUCUUAACCUCGGUUAUAAAUGCUUUCUGAAAUUCAUUCAAAAUUCAAGUAAUUUUAGUUUUCUUGUUCCAACUUUGAUUGAGUUGAAGUUACAAACAAAUAAAACCAUCUUAACCCUUUGA